AUGACUUCUGAUCCGUCUCGAUGCAAUAAACAAGAAGAAGAAGAAAGAAUUCCAUCACAACAAAUUCAAUUUUCUAUAUGGAAUACAUUUAAACAUCAUAUUCCACGUUUUCUUCUUACUAUACUUGUUGAUAUUAUUCUCCCACUUGUUAUCUAUUUUGGUCUUCAAAAACGUAUUAAACCUGUUUAUUCUCUAUUAGUCGCUGGUACACCACCACUUGUUAUGGUUAUUAUUAAAGGUAUUCUAUCGCGAACAUUUGAUGCACUUGGUUUUCUUGUUUUUAUUGCUUUUCUUCUUUCGGCUAUUGUUGCCAUUAUUACACAUAAUCCAAUUAUACUUCUAUUAGAAAAAUCAGUUAUUACUGGAAUUUUAUCAAUUAUUUUUGGUUUAACAUUAAUACCAUUGCAAUGUUGUCAUCAACGUUUUCAUGUACGUCCACUUGCUUAUUAUUUUUAUCAAGAUUUAGUACCAACAAAACGUACAGAUGUUGGUCUACCUAAUAAUAUAUUUCAAGAUGAACAAGAAUUAAUCGAUGAACAACAUGAAAUGGAUUGUUCAAUAAAAACAUUAUCACAUAAACAAGAAGUAGCUCAAGUAUAUGAAUGGAUUUAUGAACAUUGUUCAUCAUUUCGUUCUGCAUGUUAUAUAAUAACAAGUAUUUGGUCAGUUGGAUUUUUACUUGAAUUUCUUGGUCGACUUACUUUAAUUCUUAUUCGUUUAACAGUUAAUAAGAUUGUUAUUUAUGGACAUUUAGUAUUAACUUCAGCAACAAUUAUAUGUAUUAUAUUGACAAUUAUAUGUAUAACUAAAGAAAGAAAACAAACAUUAAGAUUUAUUGAACAAUGGAAAAAAAAUCAUCUGAAUUUUCAACAACAAUGUGAAUAA